UAUACAUAUGGCGAUGCUGAAGAACACGAGCGCCAUGUCCUGCUUCGUGGCCGCCAUCAUGGUGGUCAUGGCUGCCACCCUUCUUCUCUCCUCAUGCGAUGCCCAUGAAAAGAUGGAUAAACCCCAUGCUUUUCCCCUACCGGCUUCGUGCUACUCCAAACACUUCCCAAACUGCACCGACGAGCGGUGCAAGAAGUUCUGCGGCGGCGGCGACAUGCCCUCGGUCCCCGGGGCUUUCUAGAAUGACGACAACAACUGUUGUUGUCCCAUUUAGUUAACUAUAAGCGCCUCUGAAGUGUU